AUGGAGGUUCGCUCCUGGCCUAGGGGGCGUGGCCGGGGGCUCACGCUUUCCAGCGCCCAAGAGCCGAGACGAAGGCGGCGGCGGGAAGCGGUGGCUGCCGCGGCAGAGCAGCUUCUCCGGGCGCGGGCGCUGGACGAACCAUCGAGUCCCAAGAGGAAACAGUUCUUCCUGGCCUCUCGUUAUCACGAUGAAAACGUCAGUGGUGAAAGUCUGUUGACUAUUUCUCGUGAUCACUGCAACUUCUUGGUAUUGGAUCAGAUGGACAAGGACAACAUGAGCUUCUCCGACAAAGGAGAGAUAUCAGAGUUGUCCUCAGGGAGCCCGCCGGCCUCUCUUGGGAGAGCUUGCUAUCAGUCGAGCGAGCUUUCAGGCAUAGUUGACUACGCUCUCUUGAAUGAUACCUAUUCCAUCAAUAUCUCGGAUUCAGAUUCCAAACUGAAAGAACAUUUGACGUAUCUAAGUUCAGAGACAGAUCUCGACAUGCAAAAAGAAGAGCGAUUUUUUGAUAUAUUGAAAGACCAGAGAAAAGAGUCCAGUGUUUUGGAAGAUCUCUGCAGAAAUUUAGAUGCUAAUUACAGAGAGAGUAGUGAUGUUCAGAAGCAUGGCCCAGAUGAAGAUUCCCAGCAGGAAUAUCACAGUGCUGAAGAGCAGGAUUACUCUGGUUACCAUUUAGAUUUUGACCAAAUAAAGACACUGUGUUCUCCCAAUUCAGAAGUCAUAGAGUUGGGACAUUCAGAUUAUGAGAUUAAGUGUGCUGAUGGUCUGGGAGAGAAUCAUGUGAAGAAAUUAAAAGGUGGCACCUUUUUCUCCUAUGAGUCAACUCAUAUUUGUACACAAGGAGAUACGGCUAAGGUGCCCAAGCUUCAUGAUUACCUGUCUCUAACCGAGUAUCAUGGUCAAAAGUACCAAAGGUGCCAAGAACAGGAGACUAGUUUCACGAGCCAGAGUGUGUUUGAUGGCGUCAUACAAAUGAGUGGGGCUGUGGAAGAUCGGGACGUGGCCUGCAGUCAGACUUCUCAGUUAGUGAGCAGUCUACAGAAACCUCAGAACACAUUAAAAGCUAAUGUUUCUCCUGACAAAAGGAAGUCUCAGAUGACUGGAAAGAAAGAUGUCAGUGGGGAGGUAGGCAAGGAGGACAGCAUUUUGAGGAGCGUGGAGAACCCUAGACUGUUCCUAGAAAGAGCUUCGGCACUAUCACGGAAGCCCAGCACGUGUUUUCAGAAUUCUUCCCCUUGUGUUUUGGAUGAGUCAGAUCUUUCUGCCUAUGACCGGUCGUGUUGUCAAUUCCUCCAGAGCACCACUGAGCCAGGCUUAGAUUUCCCCAUGACUAUGCCAAAGGUUUUGGCCAAAGAGAAUCUUUUGGUGGAAGGAGGUGGCCCCACAAGAGAGGCCAGUGGUGGCAUCAUGAACAAAACACACCUUAUCAAGGUGGAAUCCAAGUAUCCUGAGCACUCGGUGGAGGCAGCCUGUGACUGUCUCAUCACGGUUAACCAGACAGUUGAUGCCAGCUCUGAUUUUAGGGCCUGCUUCACAACAAGCAGGGCGACAAGUGCAAGGUCUUCCGUGGCCUCCAGGUCAAGCAAUACAGAAAUAACCAUGAUGAACAAAGCGCGGCCCAAUGAGUGGCCAAACGAGAAGCAAAGGAGCAUUGCCUGCAAUACAGAUUGGACCUGUCUGCAGGGUUGGGCAGAGGAAGAGGCUCGUUUGCAAGGCUCUUGGCCCAAAGACACUCUGUUAACUAAGGAUUACCUGGAAUUGAAAAAUAAAUGUGAUGUCAAAGACGUAAGGAGAAGCCCUGAGAGUCAGUUUCAACCUUCUAAAGAAGUGGAGAAUUUUCCCUCCAAAUGUUGUCAGAAAACACUUCAGAGAGCUGUAAGAGCAGAGCUGCUGCUUUUAAAAGCCCAUUAUCAGAUGUGCCAUCAGCAUUGCUGGAAAAUUUACAGGCUUGUAAUGGAAGAAAAGGAGAGCUUUACUAGGAAUUUUGCAAUCGAUUUUGCCAAAACAGAAUUAGGAUCCACGUUACUGUCCCUUUUUGGAGACCUGAAAUUUAAGUAUUUGAGUAUGAGAGAAAAAAUAAUCAAGGGAGUCCCAUUGGAUGAAUUGCCUCCCCUGUCUGUGGAGUCCAGGUUGUCAUCUUUCUUUUCCACGUUUGUUCCUUCCAAGCUAAUGAAAGAAGACUCUCCUCUCCUUUCGGGACUAAACUUGGCCCUUGAUGUUCCAUCAAGUAACGCUGCCCGUAACCCUGAGCCUGGGGCCACAAACUUGAAAAGGGCCCUUUCUCAGACCAUUCAUGCAUCUGAAAACAGCCUUCCUAAACAAGAAACCGCCCCGAAGAAUGAGAGCAGAAAGACCCAGGAUCUGAACAUUGGCCUCAGAAAUCUGAAACUUGAUGAUAAAGACUAUACACAAUGUCAGGAUAGAAGUGAAGCCUGGUUUGAUGCUAAAGAAAACCUUACGGGAAUUGACUGCUCAGAAAUACCCCAAAAUGCAAGGGAGCAAGACAAGAGGAGCCCCGAAUCCACCUCUGAGAAGAGGACUGCCGAACCUUCUCAGAGAGAGCCAAACAAAAGCUACCUCAUUCACGUUGGCAGCUUGUGCCCGUCAGUGUCUGAGACUGACCUCAUGUCUCAUUUCCAGAAGUAUCAGGUUUCUGAAGUUUCCAUUUGCAGCUCUUCUCAUAACUACAGGUAUGCCUCUCUUGUUUUUAAAAAAGCUAACAAAGCAAGAAUGGCUGUGGAAGAAAUGAAUGGGAAAGAAAUCAACGGGCAAUCAGUCAGCGUCCGUCUGGUCAAAAGCCCAGUAGAAAACACCCCGACCCCGUCUUUCAGAAAUGAAAGCAGGCCCACCCUGGGUGCUUCGGAGAAGGCUGUGGACAGUAAAGGCUCCGGCUCCGGCUCCGGUUCCGCCAUGGUGCCUUCCAGGUUACCGACUCAGGUGUUGAGGCCUCCUGGGCCUGAGCAAGAAAAUGUGUAUCUUUCAGUGGACCAGAAGAAUGGCAAGAAGAGUUUCAAACAGAAUAAACCUGUUAGACUAUUACCUGAGCCUCCUCUUCCAUUCAUGCCUCCAAAUACUUUGAACCUGGGGAGCUUCACCAGACUUCUGAAGACACUCGAAGGCCUGCACCCCAAUAUCAGCAGAGACGCAAUCAUCGAUGCCCUCCAAGAGGUGAGGACAAACAACAAAGGGUUUUUGAGUGGCUUAUCCCUGACCACCAUAGCGGAGAUGACAACUUCUGUGCUGAAAAACUCUGCUUUCAAGAAGGAAGAGAAGCACCGAGAGUCAGUCCUUGAGCCUUGGACAAGGACGGUGGAGGAGUUACAGGCCAGUGGAACCCCCGAGCCCCUCAAAAGGAGGAUGGAGCCAGCCCAGGACAAGGGAAGAGCUGCUGGGGCCCCCCGGGCAAGACCCCUCCAGCACCUUACUGAAGUCUCCUCCUCCUCGGAAGAUAAGCCCAUGCGGGAGACGGGGCUUGUCUCUAAAGCCGGCCAGCAGCCGUCAUUUCUGCUGGGGUCCUCAGAGGCCCAGGGAGGCAUCAGGUUCUUUCUGGUACAGUUGAACUUGGAGCGUGUUCACUGA